AUGAUCCAACACGUGAGCAUAAAAACAGGUCGGUGCACAGCGUACCAACCUCGCCCGGAGCGGGCUCUGUGGUGGAGUGAUGAAGGCUCCACUUCACGAAUGGGACCAAGCGAUGCCGAUUCAAAGCCUUGUUCUGUAUUAAACGGCUCAGGUCACACAGACCAGCCGAGUCAGACAGGCCGGGCAUUGAUCCCUCUUGGCCUGAUCCCACUUCUGGCCAGCCACGUCCGAAGACGACUAUCUCGAGAAGAAAUGACAGAACCGAUCGCCCUUAGCCCGCAGGAGAAGUAG